CUUGAUACUUGAGGCUUUAUCGUUCUACUUAGCUACUUGUCGGACCGUAUCUAGAUAAACAAUGAGGAAGCAACUAGAUUCCCGAAUCCCGGCUCUGAUCUCCAACGGCGUCGCCAACAACCACCGGUCAUUCUUCAUCCUCAUCGGAGAUCAUGCUCGUGACCAAGUCGUCAACCUGCAUUUCUUGCUAUCCCAAACCCGAGUAUCAGCUCGACCGAACGUGCUUUGGUGUUACAAGAAGGACUUGGGGUUCACGAGUCACCGAAAGAAGAGGGAGAAGAAGAUCAAGAACGAGGUUAAGCGAGGGAUCCGGGAGGCAAACGAACAAAGCCCGUUCGAGUUGUUUGUAGCGGUCACCGACAUCCGAUACAACUACUAUAAGGAGUCUCACAAGAUCCUGGGUCAGACGUUCGGUUUCCUCGUGCUGCAAGACUAUGAGGCGAUCACUCCCAACUUGCUCGCAAGAACGAUCGAGACGGUCGAGGGUGGCGGUGUCGUCUGCUUGUUGCUGAAGAACAUGUCGAGUUUGAAGCAGCUUUACACUAUGAGUAUGGACGUCCACUCGCGGUAUAGAACGGAGAACCACUCGUCGGUGCAACCCCGAUUCAAUGAGCGUUUCAUCUUGUCAUUAGGAGGCAACCCAGCAUGUCUCGUCCUGGACGACGAACUCAACGUCCUGCCCAUCUCUGCCGGAAAGGACAUUGUCGCAAACCCGAACGCUGGACCCAGUUCGCGCAUCACCGCCAGCCAAGCCGAGCUGACCUCGCUGAAAAACGAAUUGAAGGAGACUCCCGUCAUCGGACCUCUUACAAAACUUACUGCCACUACCGACCAGCUGAAGGCUUUGUUGAGCUUUGUCUCAAACGGGAUCACGUCGAAGCAGAUGAACUCGACCGUCUCCCUGACAGCAGGUCGAGGACGAGGGAAAUCCGCAGCUUUGGGUCUCGCCAUCGCCUCGGCCGUAGCUCACGACUAUUCGAACAUCUUCGUGACGUCCCCUACACCGGAAAACUUGAAAACCUUGUUCGAAUUCGUGAAGAAGGGUCUCGAUGCCCUUGGCUAUGAGGAGACUUUGGAUUAUGACUUUGUCAGGACCGGGAAUGAGGAGUGGGGUCGAGCUGUGGUCAGGGUGAACAUCUUUAAGGGUCACCGACAGACCAUCCAGUAUAUUCAACCUCAAGACUCGCAUGUCUUGGGUCAGGCCGAGCUGGUCAUCAUCGACGAGGCCGCUGCAAUCCCCUUGCCUCUCGUACGAAAGCUCCUUGGACCUUACCUGGUCUUCAUGGCGUCCACCAUCAACGGUUACGAAGGUACCGGUCGAAGUCUCUCUAUCAAACUGAUUCAGCAGCUGCGAGAGCAGACCCGACCUGUCAUUGGAAAAGAUGCCCCGGUAGCGGUCUCUACGAAUACUUCUGGGCAGAAGAUGGGCAUGGCCCGUACGCUCGCCGAGAUUAAGCUGGAGCAGCCCAUUCGUUAUGGUCAGGCGGAUCCUGUCGAAAAGUGGCUCAACGCUCUGCUAUGUCUGGACGCUACCACCUUGCCCCGUCACAUUUCUGGAUGCCCUCACCCAUCUCAAUGCGAACUCUACUACGUCAACCGAGAUACCCUCUUCUCCUACCACCCAGCAUCUGAGGUUUUCUUGCAACGAAUGAUGGCCCUUUACGUAGCUUCACACUACAAGAACACCCCUAACGACUUGCAACUCAUGUCCGAUGCUCCUGCGCACCACCUCUUUGUCCUUCUUCCUCCGCUCAAGGACGAUGAGAGCACCCUCCCGGACCCUCUUGUCGUAGUGCAGGUCGCGCUCGAGGGAAACAUCUCAAAAGACCACAUCAUGAACCAGCUGGCAAAGGGUACGAGGAGCGGUGGAGAUCUCAUCCCUUGGUUGGUCUCACAGCAGUUCCAAGACGACGACUUUGCCAUGCUUUCCGGUGCGAGGGUGGUACGAAUCGCAACCCACCCUGAUUACGCUAGAAUGGGAUACGGUGCUAGGGCUUUGGAAUCGCUAAACUCGUUCUACUCUGGAGAUCUGCUCAACCUGGAUGAAGUGAUGGAGGAGGACAGCGUCGAGACUUUUGCCGAGGCUGCUUCCAAGAUUGACAAGGGAACUACGUUGCAGAACGAUAACGUCAGCGUGCGAGAUGUCAACAAGAUGCCACCUCUUCUGCAACGUCUAUCGGAAAGGCGACCGGAACAGCUUGACUACCUCGGAGUCUCAUACGGUCUGACGAAAGAUCUGUUGCGAUUCUGGAAACGGGCCGGAUACGCACCACUAUACGUGCGACAGACCGCCAACGAUCUGACGGGAGAGCACACGUGUGUCAUGCUGAAGACGCUCAAUGGCGAGGUGGCGGGAAGCUCGAAUUGGUUGGCCGCUUUCGCUCAAGACUUCCGACGACGUUUCCUCUCGCUUCUGUCAUACAAGUUCAGGGAGUUUGAUGCGGCUCUGGCACUGAGCGUAAUUGAAGGUGCUAGCUCGGCCGAUUCGGCUGAAUCCGCAAGCGUACUGGCUCCUUCCGAGCUUGGAAACCUGUUUACCCCCUUCGACCUCAAGCGAAUCGACUCGUACUCGAACAACAUGCUCGACUACCACGUCAUCCUCGACCUUCUCCCUUCGCUGGCUUCAAUAUUCUUCACUCGACGAUUCGGCCCUGAUACCACCCUGGCCGCAGCCCAACAAGCCAUUUUAUUGGCCCUUGGACUUCAGCGAAAGACCAUCGAAGACGUCGAGAAGGAGCUCAACAUCCCGGUCAAUCAAGGACUCGCGCUGUUUGUCAAGAUCAUGCGCAAGUUCAGCCGCCACUUGCACGACUUGCAGAAAAAUGCCGUCGGUGCGGAUGUACCGGAGCAGGAGCCUACUGUUCGAAGAAACGUCGCCGAGAGUGACAGCAGUGCCGUGGGAACUAGCGAUUGGAAGCCGAUGAAGACCACCGUCGAGGAGGAUCUGGAAGAGGUGGUCGACGAGGAGACCAAGCGCGCACGAGCGAUGCAACGGGAACUCAUCGAUUCGAUGGACCUUUCUCAAUAUGCUAUCGACGACGGAACCGAUUUCACCGAGGCACAAGCUCACGUCGAGGCGUUGAGCAAGGCCGACCCAAGCCGGAGACAAGGCAUGUCGACGGUUGUGAGCGUCAAGGGAGCCAAGCCGACGACGACGACGAACGACAAGUCCAACAAGACCUCGACGGCAGGGAAGCGCAAGGCAGUCGAGGCAAGCGGGAAGGAUAGCAAGAACAAGAAGCCGAAGAAGAAGGCGUAAUCACUACUGGUGGCGUCUGUUAUCUGUUCUGCUCCAUCUUUGUUUUUGGUUGUACCUCACUUGUGCCCUCAGAUCUCUAGCCUGACUAUGCU